AUGCCUCUUCCAUCCCCUGCCAGCACACCCGCGGUGUGCGGCGGUAUUGCUGUGAAACCCUGGACUUCCCUGCCUCAGAAACUCUGCUUUCUGUUGGACAGACGACGAACCAAAGUGCCAAAGAGAAAGUUUGUGCAGGAAGAAUUACUGAGUGCACGAGUUUCCCUCUGUGACAGUGUGGGUUACCGCCAAGGGCUCUGCUUCCCUCCCAGACCAAGCCGUGCGGGUUUCCGCCAAGGGUUCUGCUUCCCUCCCAGACCAGGCCGUGCGGGUUUCCGCCAAGGGCUCUGCUUCCCUCCCACAGACCAACCCGUGCGGGUUUCCGCCAAGGGUCCUGCUUCCCUCCCAGACCAAGCCGUGUGGGUUUCCGCCAAGGGCUCUGCUUCCCUCUCAGACCAAGCCGUGCGGGUUUCCGCCAAGGGCUCUGCUUCCCUCCCAGACCAACCCGUGCGGGUUUCCGCCAAGGGCUCUGCUUCCCUCCCAGACCAGGCCGUGCAGGUUUCCGCCAAGGGCUCUGCUUCCCUCCCAGACCAAGCCGUGCGGGUUUCCGCCAAGGGUUCUGCUUCCCUCCCAGACCAAGCCGUGCGGGUUUCCGCCAAGGGUUCUGCUUCCCUCCCAGACCAGGCCGUGCGGGUUUCCGCCAAGGGUUCUGCUUCCCUCCCAGACCAACCCGUGUGGGUUUCCGCCAAGGGUUCUGCUUCCCUCCCAGACCAGGCCGUGCGGGUUUCCGACAAGGGUUCUGCUUCCCUCCCAGACCAAGCCGUGGGGGUUUCCGCCAAGGGCUCUCUUCCCUCCCAGACCAAGCCGUGCGGGUUUCCGCCAAGGGCUCUGCUUCCCUCCCACAGACCAAGCCGUGCGGGUUUCCGCCAAGGGCUCUGCUUCCCUCCCACAGACCAAGCCGUGCGGGUUUCCGCCAAGGGCUCUGCUUCCCUCCCAGACCAGGCCGUGCGGGUUUCCGCCAAGGGCUCUGCUUCCCUCCCAGACCAGGCCGUGCGGGUUUCCGCCAAGGGUUCUGCUUCCCUCCCAGACCAGGCCGUGCGGGUUUCCGCCAAGGGUUCUGCUUCCCUCCCAGACCAGGCCGUGCGGGUUUCCGCCAAGGGUUCUGCUUCCCUCCCAGACCAGGCCGUGCGGGUUUCCGCCAAGGGUUCUGCUUCCCUCCCAGACCAGGCCGUGCGGGUUUCCGCCAAGGGCUCUGCUUCCCUCCCAGACCAGGCCGUGCGGGUUUCCGCCAAGGGCUCUGCUUCCCUCCCAGACCAAGCCGUGUGGGUUUCCGCCAAGGGUUCUGCUUCCCUCCCAGACCAGGCCGUGGGGGUUUCCGCCAAGGGUUCUGCUUCCCUCCCAGACCAGGCCGUGCGGGUUUCCGCCAAGGGUUCUGCUUCCAUCCCAGACCAAGCCGUGCGGGUUUCCGCCAAGGGCUCUGCUUCCCUCCCAGACCAAGCCGUGCGGGUUUCCGCCAAGGGUUCUGCUUCCCUCCCAGACCAGGCCGUGCGGGUUUCUGCCAAGGGCUCUGCUUCCCUCCCAGACCAACCCGUGCGGGUUUCCGCCAAGGGCUCUGCUUCCCUCCCAGACCAGGCCGUGUGGGUUUCCGCCAAGGGUUCUGCUUCCCUCCCAGACCAGGCCGUGCGGGUUUCCGCCAAGGGCUCUGCUUCCCUCCCAGACCAAGCCGUGUGGAUUUCCGCCAAGAGCUCUGCUUCCCUCCCAGACAGAAUAUAAGGUGUUCCUCCAACCUGAGUGUGCCCUCAUCGCAGCAGUAGAGGAGGCCAAGGACUGCCAUGUCCGAACGGGAAUGGGAGAUCUAGCCUGAUCCAGCGGAUGGAGCGAAGGUGCUCAAUGAAGCGGUGUCCCAGUCCACGUCGGGUCUCGCGCCCUCCCACCCCAUGCUCCUGGUUUCACCCAUCACCUUAAUCCGGCUCCAUAUCCUUUUCUCCCCAGUCCUGCGGAAGGGUGUCACCUGAAACGUCAACUGUACUCUUUUCCCGCAGAUGCUGCCUGCCCUGCUGAGCUUCCCAGCAUUGUGUGUGUGUGUUGCUCUGGAUUUCCAGCAUCCGCAGAUUCCCUCUCGUCUGGGGUUAACUGGUUACAUGGAUGCAUCCAGGCUUCACGGACGUGGCCUGUUACUGUGUUGUGUCUCAAAAUAAUUCGAAUCAAGACAAUUCAGAGUUGAGGUACAGGAGCCUCAGGUCCCACACCACCAGGUUCAGGAACAGUUAUUACCCCUCAAACCAUCAGGCUCCUGAACCAGUGAGGAUAACCUCAACUCUGAACUGAUUCCAUCGGGAAGGAGGUACAGGAGCCUCAGGUCCCACACCACCAGGUUCAG